AUGGUUGUCCUUAACCCUACCUAUAGUGGUGUCAGCAAAGCAGCAGCAAGAGCCACAAGCACAGAUCGUUUAAAUGAAUUAUCAAAAUCAAAACGUAAACAUCAAGUAAUUCCAUAUGACAAGGCAUUCCCACAAGUUAUAUCCAAAGCAGUAUUGAAUUAUGAAAUAACAGAAAGAAUAAAUGAAUUAGCUAGGCCAAAAAAAUCCGAUUGA